CCAUAUUCCGAAUCCCAAAUCCCCUUUACUUCAACAAGAAAAACAAUAACAAUGAGGCAAAAAACACACCCUAUUCAUCAAUUUCUCAACCUCAAAACCCUCCUUUUAGCUCUAUUUCUUUCAUUUUUUCUCAUCUUCCUCUUGAAAUCUAACAUCUUUCACUCCCCCACACAAAACCCAUCUCCAAAGUUACAAUCUUUUUCACAAAAAACCACAAAAAAUCAUUGUUCCCCAUCUGCUUGCAACAAAAUCCCUCCCUCAUUUUCCCACACUCUCAUUCACUACUCCACCUCCUCCAUAACCCCACAGCAAACCUUCAAAGAAAUCUCUGUCACCGCUGCCGUCCUCCUCAACCGAUCCCCGUGCAACUUCCUCGUCUUUGGCCUCGGCCACGACAGCCUAAUGUGGGCCACUCUCAAUCACGGAGGUCGUACAUUAUUCUUAGAAGAAGAUGAAUCAUGGAUCGAACAAAUACGUCAUCGUUUUCCAAUGCUCGAAUCCCAUCAUGUUAGAUACAAUAGCAAGGUUGAUCAAGCCGACAGUUUGAUGGAUGUCGGAAAGGGGCCGGAGUGUAUGGCGGUUGGAGACCCGAAAUACUCGGUUUGCCAACUAGCAUUGAAGGGGUUGCCGGAGGAAGUGUAUGAGGUGAAAUGGGAUUUGAUUAUGGUUGACGCACCGACGGGGUACUACGAGGAGGCACCGGGGAGGAUGACGGCGAUUUACACGGCGGGGAUGAUGGCGAGGAAUAGAGAGGAAGGGGGAAGUACGGACUUGUUUGUUCAUGAUGUGAAUAGGGAAGUGGAAGAUAAGUUUUCAAUGGAGUUUUUGUGUGAAGGUUAUAUGGUCAAACAAGAAGGGAGAUUGAGACAUUUUACUAUUCCUUCUCAUAGGGAUGAUUUAAAUAAACCCUUUUGCCCUUUUUAAAUAAUAUAUAUAUAGUUGAGAAUUUCUCAUCUUUCAAUUAAUGAUAUAUGUAUGUGGGUUUUUUUUCCA